GCAAUGGAGUGUAAUAACUGCGAGUUGAGACAACGUCAGUACUAUUGCGCAGUCUGUCUCAAAAAUCACCUACGUGAUUUCCGCCAUCAAACUCACCAUUUUUCCUCCGACAGAAAUGAACAUGUUGCUCGUGCAUUUCAUGCAUUCAAGUCUAUAGAAUCUAGUCGCCUCCAAAUUCGUGCAGACCUUGCAAAAGUGAAUCGCAGCCUCGAGCAAUUAGUAGUCGGCCGCCUUGCCAAAGUGAGAAGAGACUGUGAGAGCAAGCGCGACCGUCUCCGUACUCUUCGAGAGGCCCUUGGUCAGCGCCGACGCACACUUAACACCGCACGCCUCCUUCCACCUCAAUCGCAAGCACUCGCCAAGGAGUCUCAGGAACUUUCCGUACUGAGCCAAACUAUCGCUAGAGCACGAUCGGGCCUUGUACAAGAGCUAUUAGAAGUCUUUCAUGUCGUCGAAGUCGGCGGACGACCCGCAGUGGGUGGACGACCAGGCGCAAAAGGAGAAUGGACUAUCGGUGGACUGAUUCUUCCAGUGCCAGGAGAUGUUAGACGAUACCCACCGGAUCACAUUAACGCCGUAAUAACUCAUACCAUUCACUUUCUUGGACUCCUCACUUUCUACCUAGGCAUUAAACUACCUUUCGAAAUUUCGUGGUCUUGCAGAAAACUCGGGGUUGGUGUCCCUUGGAUCAGAGCAGGACGAGGGAGUGAAUCAUGGGCAAAAUGGACAGCCAAACACCCAAUGCACCUAACCUCCAAACCAUCGUCUACACCAUCUUCUCCCACCUCAUCACCAUCCUGUACAUCUGCAUCGUUAGCUGACUCAGAAGCUCCAGAACAGGUACCAGCCCACACCCAAAACCAGUCAUUCACAACCGGCUUUGCGAUGCUUCUUUACAACGUGUGUUACCUCGCUCAUACUCAAGGUGUCGAGAUCCCCUUGUCCCAGGCAGGCGAUGCAUUGGGUAAUUUGUGGGCUGUAUGUUGUAGUGGGGAGCUUGGACGUCGAUCACACUCUACCACCCCGCUCCUCUUACCUCCAACACCCCCCUCUUUCAUGCUCGACUUUGCGCAGGUCCUUCAAACUACUGCUGCUAGUCCCGCUCGGGCAGCACGAAUACGGCCGGGACGCUCAGCGCAAGAAGCUGGCAUCGGGAGAACGAGGAGCGAACGUAUCGUGGAGGAAGAUGGCUGGGAUGUAGUAGAGCUUGGUGAAGAAGAGGGUUUUGGAUAAACGGAUGAGCUGGGAGACUGUGGAUUAUUAGCAUGAGUCACAUUGUUCCAAGAGCUUUGAUAUGAACCUGUAACAGUCAGUCUUGUACGAAUACAUUUAAGGUCAGUAGCAGGCUGGCUUAGACGAGAAGCUCGCAGAAAGUAUGCAUAUG